AUGGCCUACGUGCAGUCCCUCCAGUCGAAGAUCGGCGCUAUGGAGACCUCGAUCAAGGAGUCCAUCAACGCGACUGUCACCACCGUGGUCGGCACCGCGACCAACCCCAUCUCGCUGGCGCUCAAGGCUGCCCAGGACGGCAUCGACGGGUUGGGCGCCAAGAUCGAGAAGAACGUCCACCUCGCCGUCGGUCAGCAGAUCGACUCCACGAGGAAGCACUUCCAGCAGCAGCUCGACGCGUUCAACAUUCGCGUCGGCGAGGUGGAGGCCAAACAGGAGAAGACCGACAAAGCCAUCGAGCUCAUGGCGGAGCAGAUCAAGGUCUUGCAACGCGAGCUCGCCACGGCCAACCAGCAGCCGAUCAAGCAGCAGUUCAUCGGGCGUGACUUCGACCGCGAGAUCGACGCCAUUAUCAUCAAAAUCCACGCCGACGGCCUCGUCACCCUGGCCAAGGCCACCGAGUCCCUCACCAGGUUCGUGGUGGGCUGCGACAUCCGCGAGACUGACUUCACUGUCACGGGCAACGACACUGCCAAGUUCUUCACCAUCAACUUCACGGGCCUCCCUGGCCCCGCCAGCCGCCGAGUGCAGAAGGUCCUGGACAGCAUGCCCUCGUCCAACGGCACCUGGGUGCGCAUCUACGCCGACGCUGUCUCGGGCCACGGGGCGGUCGAGUUGCGGAUGGGCCCCGACAAGUCGCCGAAGCAGAUCAAGACGGAGAUCGUGGGGAAGCGCCUCCGCCAGGCCAUGGAACGCGAGUUCCCGACCCACGUCUGGCGCGUGGACCGCGCCAAGGCCUGGAUCACAGCAGGCUGGGCCCCCGUCAUCGCGCACAGCGUCCGCCCAGGCAGGGGCGAGCCGACCGUCCUCACGUUCCAGGACACCGGCCUGCCCGCGCUGGGCAUCGACCGCACGGCCCUCAAGAACGCGGCCAGCGUGCUGGCACGCAUCCAGAAGCGUCUCGCCAGCGGGCCGACGCCCUGCCUGGCCGUCGGCACGUGGAACGCCCGCGCUCUCUUGGGCUACCAGGGCAGACGCGUCGUGGAGAAGUCCUCGUACCUCAAGUCCAUGCCGCUGCACAAAAUGGUCUUGGGCAUCCAGGAGGUUCACCAGAACCACGGCCAGUUCCUCGCCUUCAUGCGGAAGAUCGACAGCACCCUUGACAUGCACUCCUCCUUCGCUCCUGUACAUCAUGGCACUAUCAGUGGCGGGGUAGCCACUGUGUUCCCAGCCGGGAUGAACGCCGUGAGCGACCCCAUCUUUCCUGGCCGUGUUCUACGCUCUGUCUUCCGUGCUGGCGACCAAGUGAUGAUCUUCUACAAUAUCCACAACUACGACCUCAGCAACGCCGCCAUCCAGAACAUCACCACGCGCAUCAACAGCGACCUGCAGUGGGCGAGGUCCGACCCGAGCCGCAUCGUCAUGUUCGUCACUGGUGAUUUCAAUUUCUCCGCCGUCGGAAAGCUGAAGCUCCUGGGCCCUGUGGCAAAGGGCAACUCGAACCCAACCGAAACGUCCAAAGCAUCGGCGCGCAAGUGGCACAACGCCCUGAAGCACCUAGUGGAGAUCGACAGCGCCGACACCACGCACUACUGCUCCGAGACGAAGGCCGAGACCACCAUCGACAGAUGUUUCUGCUCGUUCACCCCCACACCGAUGCUGCAGCUGGCUGUUACGUCCUCCACCUUUUCCACGCCUGAAGAUCUUUCACGCCGUCGUGUCAGUGUCCACGCCGCCCUCUUCGUCUCCCUCACGAUGCGCGACGCCAAACCCUCGCCGAACCAGCCGAUCGCCCAGUGCAUUGUCAUGUCCCCCGUCUUCGAAGAGAUUGCCGACAACGUGUUCGCCGCCCCCUCCAUGGACAACCUGUCCCCGCCGACCGAGCUGACUCAGACCACCGACCUUCUUCGACAAAUCGCACGUGAAGCUCGUGACCGUCUUCAUGGAAUGCAACCGAGCAGAGGCGACGUGCUCUUCCAG